AUGCAAUUCUCGACCUACAUGACGAAUAUUGUUUCGGAGGUGAAGUCCUUUGGGAAGGCAUAUGUUGACUCGUUGGUGGCCCCCCAAGAUGAUGAAGAUAAUAAGAAGGAGCGUAGUGUUGGCGCAACCUUUGGGAGUGCAAGUGACGGCACUGAUGUCGGCCAUUCUUCGGUAGGCGCACUCGGGGAUGUGCUCAGCAAUUUAGUUUCAACCGCAUCGCCUUCCGGUUCUCGUCUUAUGGAUGAUAAUGAUGAUGCUAACAGUGCCGGAGGCUUGAGUAAAAUUGUAGAGCACGGGACUAUGUGUAGUCAUAACACCUGGGAGAGUAAUUAUUACAACGGCGCGGCGGUGUGGGAGCGCGGUACGGUAGAACAGGGCUUCGCUGAGUGUGUGUCAGACGGCUCCGUCCAUCCGUCACCCCUUGUUUUCAAGACGUCGCCAGAGACCACCGAAGCGCCAUUAGUGGCAUCGACGACGAGCCUGCAGAAAAAAAAUCUCAAGAGAGGAAAUACGAUCCGGUCUAAAUUUGGUGCGGUGAAGCUGGUGUUGGACACUGCGCCCACAUCUUCAAGUGCUGCUUUGACAGAUACCGCUUCGGUUCCUCAAAUCAGUCGGAGGCACGCGGAGGUGAAUAUGGUUAAGUUACCGCCCACACCAUCGCCAUGGGAAGAAAGGAGGGGCGCCGUGCUUCAACUCCUUAACCGCCACGCAAACAGGCGGUCGCUUCUGGUCCCAUGGGCGCGCAAUUUUUUGCGCAGCUUCGUUGACAGUGUGGCCAACCAGCUUCCGCCAGCUAUCACGGAGAAGGGAUUAUCACUCGAAGCGGCACGACAAUCAACGGAGCAGCUGCCGUUGGAAGGUUCAUGGAACGAAAUAGAGUCCUCGCUCAGGAAAUGUUUGACACAAGCCAUACCCAUAGAGGUGUGGGGCCCUUGUGCCGGGAGCAGAGUGGAAGCUAUUACCACUCCUCCCAAGUCGAGCCCGCUGUGCUCCUUUAACAAUGCAGAUUUGAGCCUAUUGCUUCAGAGCUCGCUGCAGUCGCUACAGCAAUGGCAUCAUCGCAGGCAGUUGUAUUCGGUGCUGGUAUCUAAAAAGCAGGUGCAACGCCACCAGCGCCACUCACUGGAUCAUGCGGUGGAGCAGUGCAUGAUAGACAUGUAUUCCUCUUGUUUUUUUCCACACAUACGUGUGGCGGCUGAGAGGGCGAAAGAAUUACUGCAGCGUUGCGUUCCUCAACAUGAGGAGGUAAAGGGACCAAUGCAAGUCGCUACCCUCAAUAAUUCAUUCGACCAGUGGGUAGCGAAGGUAAUGUCACUUUUUUGUUCAGAGCUUACUGCUGCAGACGGCGAGUGGCAGCGCAGGGUCGACCACACGGCGGGCGCAACUACAUGCACCGCAUCCGACAGUGAGGACGUUGUAGAUGCUGCCGUAAGCGGUGUGGAAAGUGGAACGGCUGCGCUGUGGCUCAUGUGUGAGGUGGCUGUGAUGUCGUUGUUAUUGGUUUGUACUCUUUUCUGUGAAGCUGAAUAG